GCGCGCAGCGUCUUAUUCUGCGUGUUUUUGAUAUUAUAUCGUGCAAAUGGUGGCUUUCGGAAUGUUUUGUUCAAUGUUUCUUAAAAAUUAAUGAGUCUCAUUGUACGUCGUGUAUAAUAGGAAUAGAAAUAGCGUUUGCUGUUUACUUCUGAACUGGUAAAAGUUUGUCGUCAACAUGGUGAAGCUUCAUAAGAAAUUUUUUGCGGGUGACAAGGUUUUCGCAAAAGUUCGAGGUUAUCCACCGUGGCCAGCAAAAGUUGAGAAAGUUAUUGAUCCUAAUUCAAAAAAUUCAAAGUAUAGUGUUUAUUUUUAUGGCACAGGAGAAACUGCUGUGUGUAAAGUGGAAGAAUUAUAUACCUAUAUUGAAAAUAAAGCAAAAUUUGGCAAACCACUUCGAAGGAAAUUUUUUCAUGAAGGAUUAGUACAACUAGAACAAGAGCUUAAAAAUGAUAGAAAUAAAGCAUCAAAUCUUGCUGAUCUUAAAGAAGCGGGAAUUGAAGAAACAAGAAAAGAAGGUGAUAAUUUACCGACAGUUAGUGCUGCAGAUAGUGACAUGGACACAGGAUCUCUUGUUAUUGAUGAAGAAGAAAAAAAGAAAUCUAUGAAAAGGAGAACCUUUUCUACUGCUGAUGCACCUGAAGUAAAGAAAAGACGCGGAAAAGCAAAAUCUUUAUCUGCAUCUACAAGUGAUUCAGUGAAACAAGAUGCAUUAGAUUCUCAGGGAGAAGAAUCACCUAAAGAAGUUGUAAGUCGGAGCGGUAGAAAAAUUAAACCCAAACGAUUUGCUGACUUUUCAAGUUCGGAAGAAACAGAUAUUGCAGAUAAAAAUGAACAUGGAAGAGGUCGUCCUAAAGUUAAGAUUGAAGAUUCUAAUGAUCAAGUAACACCCAGUACAAUGCAUAAAAAAAGAGCUUUGGAAAAAAAAAAUAAUUUAGAUGAAACACCUAUGUUGGAAGGUACUGUGGUUUCUGGUGCGACAUCUUCAGAUAUCCCCGGACGAGUUCUAUUAGCAUUAACAUUUGCUGGUGAAUACGUAGGAAUCAAAUUAGACAUGGAUAAGCCAAAAUCCUUUGAAAGCGAAAAGGCUCGAGCACAAUGGGAAUGGUCCACUGCUAGAAAUGCAAUGAAAAUGAAAGCGCAAUUAGAAAGCGGUGAAAUUUUACCAGAACAAAUAAAAGAUUAUCUCGAUUUUAAUGUGCAUGUUCCAGAUGAAGAAAAACGAUUGUUAGCAAAAGAUGGUGCACUUCAUCGUAAAACAAAUAAACUAAGAUGGCUUCGUAUUGAAGCACAACUUUUACAAUUGGAUGCUCAAAUUAAAUCCAAUCUUGGAUUAGAUCGAGCAUAUCCGGAUAAGUGUUUGCAAGCAAUGGAUGAAAUGUUAUCACUUCCAAUUGAUCCCUUAAUGUUGAAGAAACAUCCACAUAUUGUCGGAACUGUUAAAAGGUUGCGAAGAUAUAUUGGUAAUUUAGCUGAUUGGAAAUUAAGUGAUGAAGAAGAGGCAAUUUUCAAACAAAAAGCGGAACAAAUUAGACAAAAGUCUGAGCAUAUAUACAACAAGUUUAAAGCUAUGUUUACUAUACCUGAAGGGCAGUCAUUUUGGCAAUCAUUUUCGGAUCAGGUGGUUCAUUUCAAAGAAUUGACAAAGGAUAUGCCUGAAGAAAAAGUAUUCUCUUUAAUGUCCGAUCCUGCUUGUCCAGAUGCAACCAUAUCAGAAGAUUUGCCUGCAGAUGAAAGCGGUAGUCGACUAAAUACAGAUGCACCUGCGGUAGUUAAAUUGGAAGUGCCUACAAGGAGCGAGACUCCAAAAGAGUCAGAGGCCAAGUAAUAUAGUGACUUUUUGUAUCUGAUAAUGUGAAAAUCAUACUUACUUUUUUUUGUACUAAUAUAGUACAUUACAUGAGUGUCUUAAAGUCGAAAAAGAAUUCACUUUUUUUGCACUUGAAUAUCACUUUUGGAUCAAUUUUGACACUACAUUUUAUUUUAUGGGUUCUCUAGUAAAUUUUCUCAUUAUCAUAACUCAUCUUUCUUGUAAUAUCUGUAACUAGGAAACCCAUUAUUAUAUGAAUGAACAAUCUGUACUCUGUACUCUGUUAAAAAUGUUAAGAAGAUUGUUUAAUUAUAUAGUACCUAAGAUUUAGAGUAGAUGUCAUUAAUUAUUUACUCUAUUCAAUAACAUGUUUCUUUAAUAAUUACAAUUUUUUUUGCGUUAUUAAGGCAAUACCAAAAAAGAAAAAAAUAUUUCUGAAAAAUAUAUAGAUGUCUUUGUUGUUUAACACCAUACUAAAUUUAUCUACUUAAGUAACAUCAAAUACCAAUGUACAUAUAAAAAAGAAAAAUUGCAAUACUCCUCUAUAUGUAAAAGUUAGAAACGUGACAUACUGUAGAGGUCAAUAAUAAUCAUAUAAUUGGUUGAUUUCAA